AUGCGGGCAAAAGAGUUUUCCAAGGAAAGAGAGAAGGCGAAAGCCCGCGGCGAUUUUCAUAAGCUAAGAGAAAAACAACAGAUUGAAGAUGAUCUCCGAGGGUACCUGGACUGGAUAACUCAGGCAGAGGAUAUCGAACCAGAGGCCGAUGAGCCUCAGAUACAGGAUGCAAAAUCGAAGCAACAAAAUGAAAUGGAGAGCACGGAUCAACUCGAGGGAGAUGAGGAUGGAGUUCAGCAAGAAUCGUUGUGGAAAAGAAAGAAACGAGACUUGGAAAGGUAA